GUCGUCCUGAACAAACUUCAGAGCUGUUGUGAAAAAUGGCGACUUUUGGAUAAGUGUGACAUUUCCUUGCAAAUGUGUCUUAGUUGUUUGUAGUUAUUUAAUUACUAUCAGUAGAUUUUAGGAAAAUCGGGCUCGUGAACCGAAAUGGCAGUGAACACUGACUGUAUAAGCAGACGUAAUCCCCAGGACGAGUACGAGCUCAUCCAAAGAAUAGGCAGUGGAACUUACGGAGAUGUUUACAAGGCCAAGAGGCUGUCGAUGAAUGAUCUUGCGGCUAUUAAGGUUAUCAAAUUGGAGCCAGGAGAUGAUUUUGCGGUUAUUCAACAAGAAAUAUUAAUGAUGAAGGAUUGUAGACAUCAAAAUAUAAUAGCAUAUUAUGGAAGUUAUCUACGACGAGAUAAGCUUUGGAUUUGCAUGGAAUAUUGUGGAGGAGGUUCUCUUCAAGAUAUUUAUCACAUUACAGGCCCUCUGUCGGAAAUACAAAUUGCUUACAUGUGUCGUGAAACACUUCUCGGUUUGGCAUACUUGCACAAUAUGGGAAAAAUGCAUCGUGAUAUUAAAGGUGCCAAUAUUUUACUAACCGAAGCUGGUGAUGUAAAAUUGGCUGAUUUCGGUGUCUCAGCACAAAUCACAGCAACUAUUAACAAAAGAAAAAGUUUUAUUGGUACCCCUUAUUGGAUGGCCCCAGAGGUUGCCGCUGUUGAAAGAAAAGGUGGUUACAAUCAAUUAUGUGACAUUUGGGCUUCUGGAAUAACAGCCAUAGAACUCGCCGAAUUACAACCACCAAUGUUUGAUCUUCAUCCAAUGCGGGCUCUUUUUCUUAUGUCGAAAUCUGGUUUUAAACCUCCAACACUUAAAGAUCGUGAUAAAUGGAGUCCAACUUUUCACAAUUUUGUUAAAGUAGCUCUCACGAAAAAUCCUAAGAAAAGACCUACUGCUGAAAAGUUAUUGCAGCAUGCAUUUUUUCAAGGAGAAAUGAGUAAACGAUUAGCACUAGAGUUACUGCAAAAAGUUUCCAACCCUAGCCACAUGUUCACCGAUCUAGAAGCAGACGAAGACGGUGCAGUACCUAAUGUUCCUCAGCGAAUUGCUUCGAGACACACGGCUAGAUCUCGACCAAAAAGCCCAAUUUCCCAGCUAGACUGUGAUGAUCAAAUAAAUUUAGAUGGUGAGACUUUACAAAGAGAAUCAAUACCUUCUUCGGUAGAUACAAGUCCUGCGUGGAAUAUUAUGGAUAUUAUGAAUAAUGUAAAGACUGUACACAAUUGUGAUGUUCAUCCCGACUGUGGUAUUGGAACUGCAUUCGAAGACGUACCGGAAAAGAGUCUUUUGCAGUACAUUGAUGAGGAGUUAUUGCUAAGGGGAAACGCAAUGUCGAUGGCUGGUGGCCAUUGCGACCAGCUAUACUCCCUGCAAGCUACAUUGCCGCUUGGUGAGUCAUCAAAUGAUUGCGAGGUACAUCGUGGCUUUUACGGUAACAUACCUGGGUCGCAAGCAAGUCCCAGGCGUCACAGCUCUGUGGACGAGUUGUAUAACCUGGUGAGCAGUUCCUUGUCGUUAGCAGCAAUCAAUGGACAACGCCAGCGUUCCCUCUCGGACAGUGGGUCGAGAGAGUCUAAGGGUGAUGGCGAAAUUCCUGACAAUGGAGAUGGGGAAAGUAUCAGUCCUGAUUUAUUGUCCGACACUCCGCCAGUUCCUCCUAGACGAAGGGAUAGAAAAAGACAUACUCCACCUAGACCAAUUAGUAAUGGACUUCCGCCGACGCCGAAGGUUCACAUGGGAGCGUGCUUCUCAAAAGUAUUUAAUGGUUGUCCAUUGAGAAUACACUGUACAGCGAGUUGGAUACAUCCUGAUACACGAGAUCAACAUUUAUUAAUAGCAGCCGAGGAAGGAAUUUAUAAUUUAAAUCUCAAUGAACUUCACGAUGCAGCGAUAGAUCAACUCUAUCCGAGGAGAACGAUUUGGAUGUACGUUAUUAAGGACGUACUCGUGUCACUCUCAGGAAAGACGCCUCAGCUCUAUAGACACGAUCUUUUAGCAAUGCAAAGCAAACAGACUCAUAGGUUUUCAUUGCAUAUGAAUAAAAUACCGGAGAGAUUAGUACCAAGAAAAUUUGCUCUUACGACAAAAGUCCCGGACACAAAGGGCUGCACAAAAUGUUGUGUGGGAAGAAAUCCCUACAAUGGGUAUAAAUAUCUUUGCGGUGCAAUGCCAGCGGGAAUAUUUUUAAUGCAAUGGUAUGAUCCACUAAAUAAAUUCAUGUUACUGAAGCAUUUCGAAUGUAUUUUGCCAUCGCCAUUGAAUGUUUUUGAAAUGAUUAUCACACCAGAAAUGGAUUAUCCCAUGGUGUGUGUAUCAGUUAAGCAAGAGUAUCAACAAAAUAAAUUGAAACUGGAUUUAAUUAAUAUGAAUUCUGGCGCAAGCUGGUUUCAUAGUGACGAACUCGAGGAUGUCGAUGGUUCAGCAACGGUGAUACCCAGAAGAGAAAAUCUUCAAGUGAUAAGUGUUACACAAUUAGAAAAAGACGCAAUUCUUGUUUGUUAUGAUAAUGUAAUUAAAGUCGUAACGCUACAAGGUAAAUUAAGAAAUAGUAAGAAGCAAAUGUCGGAACUUCAGUUUAAUUUUCAAAUUGAGUCUAUCAUCUGCUUGCCUGAUAGUGUUUUGGCAUUUCACAAACAUGGAAUGCAAGGGAGAAGUUUGAAAAAUGGAGAAGUGACGCAGGAAAUAAGCGAUCCGAGUCGAACUUACAGGCUACUUGGUUCUGACAAAGUUGUGAUGUUGGAGAGCCAUUUAGUCCACACGGGCACACUCUCAGAAACUGAAGGAGCUGAUUUGUACAUACUCGCUGGACACGAAGCCAGUUAUUAGUUAUACAAGUUAUGGAAAACGAGAAUUAUUCAAAUAGAUAAAAUGAUUGAAGCUGCAGAUAAAUGCAAUUAGCUAUUAUUUGCAAGUAAAUGGAUUUCGCAUUCGAGGUAGACACUUUUUUUCUUUAUUUAAAUUGCGCUCUUUAUUUCACAACGUGGACCGGUAGAAACACGCGAUUAUUAACUUUUUAAUUGCAUGAGACACAAUAUUCGAGCAGACUGUAUUAAGUAGACUGUUUAAUUAUUCAAGUACCAGAAUAAGUAUUUAUUAAUUCCAUUAAAGGAACAUCAUAAACACUGGUAGAUCACGAUGUAGAUGACGCAAUGAUUUUAAAAAGUAGAUUUCAUGAUCAUGGAAGAAUUUGAUAUUUUAUACACAAUAGACUGUAAUCAAACGUUUUUUUCAUUUAUAUGUAAAAAAUCUGAUUAUUCGAGAAUCUGUUUUUAAAACUAGUUAAGGAAUAUUUGCCACAUUUUUUAUAGUUAGCUUCAUAUGGAAAUCAAUUUUUAAUUCAUUUGUGAAAUAAUCAUAAAUAGACGAAGCGAAUAGGAGUCGAGACACGCUGAAUUUUCAUGAUCAUUAAGAGGUCUUAUUUGUGAUUAAAAAUUUAUAACUUGUUUACUUAAUUUGACGCAAUGGUAUUUAAAUUUGUCAAAACAGAAACAACAAGUUUUUUUAAGUGCAGUGAUAUGUAACUUACUGUGUUAUGUUCUUUGUUAAAAAUAAUUUUGAUAUUCAUGUUUAUUAUCUACGUCAAUGUUUUUAAUUACUGAAAAAAUUCACGACAAACGAAAUUCGAUUGAAUAUCGUUUUCUUAAAUUUAAUUAUUGUUGAGCGAUGUCGAUUCGUGUAAAGUAUUUUGAACCAAAGUUUAUUCUUGAAAAAUUCUAAAUUUCUAAUAUUAAGAUAAAGUAUAAUACUGUAGCUUUCUUGUAAAUAAGAAAAAAAAGUAUUACAAUUUAAAUUAUAGAACAAAUUUUUGUUUCCUAGUUGCUGAAAAAAGUACCACAUCGGUAUAUAGUUAAAAAAACAUUCCUUUUUAAAAUUGCCUUCUAUUGUACACGAGUGUUGGAGAAACAAGAAACAGUAUAUAAAUUUUAUGUGUAAAAAUUGUGUAUAUUAAAGCUUUAAAAGAUUUUACUUUAAACUGCGACUACAUUUUAAACAUUAAAAACAAUCAUAAAAUUUCAUUAGUAAAAAAUUAAAUCUAAGUGAAAUUAUUUAGAAAACGAGUAUUGAAACUCAUUUUCACCAAGUAAACACCAAACUAAUCAAUCAAAUUUGUAAAAAAUUUAGAAUUUAAAACGUCUUCCUCUCUUGUUCUUUAAAAAUUUUAUUCUUCAUUCAGAAUAAAAUACAUACAAUAGAAUUUAAUCUCUUUUCUCAGUCUUUUUCGCGAGAAUUACAAAAAAAGCUUUCGCUUGAAAACAAAAAUAUAUAUCGCUGUCAAUUAUUAAUUCAUUUUAGAGAUAAUUUGAUUUUUUAUUAAUUCUCAAUGCUUUCUCCAGUGAUUCCACACAUAGCUUAUAUUUUUUAAUCAAAAUAAUAUCAGAGAUUUGUUACCGGGCAGAAGAGGAUUUUUUCUUCUAUUUAAAUCGAUAGUUCAAAAUCCAAAUUAUUAUAUGACAAUACACAGAUAAAUAAAUAAAUAUAUUUUUAUUUUUAUUCGUAAAACAAUUAACUUGGAACAAGAAUUAUACCAUUACAAUAAUUGUGGUGUAUCCACAAGUAUUAGGCACUGAAGAAAAAAUUUAUAUGAUUCAAAUAAACAAUUAAUUGAACAUUUUUUUAAGGAUAUCAAAUUUAGACAAAAAAUGCAUCAAAACGUUGCUUCGCAACACUUUUGAUUCGUUUUUUGUCUCAACACAGAAAAACUGUGUGUCUAUUAUCAAAUAAAUAUUAAGUUGAAUCAAAUGGAUUUCAAUUAAAUCAAAUGAAUUUUAAUUAAAUCAAAUAAGUUGUAUUUGCAACAAUAUUUUUAGUAUUUGAAGCAAAUACCAUUUAAGUGACUUAUGGAAAAAUUAUUUGACACAAAUAAAUAUUUAUUUGAAGUGUUGGUUUUUUGAAUGAAAUAAAUUUUCUUUUCAGUUGGCAUUGGCAAAAAUCAUCAAGUGACAAUGCCGAAAAUCAGAGAUAGAUCUCUUCCAUUUCUAAUGUCAAUAAUAAAAAUAGAAAAAAAAGACUCGAGAAGUAAAGAAACGUUCAAGUCACACGAAUAAAAUUAUAUCCACGAUAAAUUUAUGAAACACGGUAAAAAAAAAGUUAUUCUUAGAGGAUCGCAAUAAAAGUAAUUAUUCAAUAAAAUCUGUUUUGUUAAAAAUAAAUAUUUUUGGUUAAAAAAAACCUUUUAGUACGUAAAAAACUUUUUAAUCGCAAUGUUAAUUUAUCAUUUAGGCUUUUUUAUGAAAAAAUAGUUUCUUGUAUUCGUUAACAGAAACAAAUUAAUUUAUAUUGCUUCUCUAUCAACUUUUUAAGCAUAAAACUGAUGAAUUUAUCUUUCACAAUUUUCUUGUUGAUUAGCGAAAUUCUACGAAGAGUUGAUUCAACUUGACGUCUAUUUUCAGCAUUAGGUGAUGGGUGAGAUCUAUCUUCUUUAUCUGAAUCACUUUCCAUUUUAAAAAGAGGAAAGACAAAAAAAUUUACAAAGACUUAAAUCUAAAAACUUACACUACUAUUUACAAAAACUAUUUACAAA